UUAAUGAUAAUAUCAAGGUGGAUUUCUACAUUGGAUAAUAUUUAUUGCAAGGUAGAUAAAUCCACCUUGAUAUAUUGUUAUAUUUUGUUAGUUGUUUUGAUAUCCGAUAUCACUAUAUUAUAGAGAGAAGAGAAUGAAGUGGAUGCCAGUUUAUUUUUAAAGUCCUCAUUAGUCAUUUUUUCUCCUCAACUUGUGUACGGAGUAUUUCGUACUUCGGACAUGUGUAAUACCUAUAUAGUUGACUGCCAAUGAAUUAGAGUCUCGUUUAUGUAACAGCCAAGAGGUAAUGCAAAGAGUAAUAAUAUGCAACAGUUACAGGCAACACCUAUUCAUGUUUUAAGGUGAAACACAUCUGAUGAAUAAUAUUAUUCUACUUGGAAAAACAAAAUGGACCAGUUACCUUCAGAGAAAAAAAACUUUUUUUAUUUGUAGAUAAUAACUCUUAUUCUGGAAUACUUGUCGUUUGAUGACCGAAGACAGAUGGCAUUAGUCAAUAAAACAUGGUAUUAUGCAUCUCUACAUCCAUCAUUGUUGAAAAAAGAAUUGCUAACGUAUUAUGAAAAGACUACCGAAGUAAAAGGACAACCGACCCAUUCAUUUACUACACAUGAGCUUGAAUUAUUUAUAAAUAUGGUGUUGCAAACUAGGAGAAGACUGUUGAACUUGAAAUUUUGCAGUCUGAUUUGUUUAAAAGAUUUAUCCAUUUUCGAACAAUUAGGCGACAACAUCGUAUCGCUAUAUUUGUGGGAUUUAUAUUGCUUGACUGAUGAUCUACUUGACGCCGUGGUAAAAUGUCGAAAUUUAGAGACGUUAGAAUUAAAAAAUAUUAGUUCUAUUUCUAUUACUGUUAAGUCUCGAGAACCACUUCUCAAAUUAAAACGACUCGAUUUUAAUCAAGUAAAUCCGUCUGAUAGGGAAUUUAAUCAGAUAAUCCUAUGUGCACCGAAUCUCAAAGAUAUAGGCUUUAGUGAUUGUAUUUUAAUAGAAUGGAUACAAGCAAUCCAACGAUUUUAUCCUAAUUACAGAAAUAACGAAAUAACAGAAGAGUAUAAUUCUGAUGACAUAUUUACUCCAAAGAAUAUAGUUAAACAUUUAAAAAAUCUCAAGCACUUAAACAUUUUGAGGCUAAACCAAUGUUGUGACAGGUUUUUACAGUUAUUGAACAUAUUAACUCUUGAAUCGUUGACAUUGGAUUUGGUUAGCAUAGCUUCAUCUAAUUACAGUUAUUUAGAAAAAUCUAUAGCAACACACAUAUCACUAAUUAGCUUAGAAGUCAUUAAUUGGCCUUACGCAUUGUUACCAGCUAUAACAAAACUGUAUAAUCUUAAACACCUAAAACUUAUUUUAGCAGAUUUUAUAGUCGAUGAAAAUGAUACUAAUCACGUUAUUAAUUUUACAAAAUCUUUAAGUAAUUUAAAAAGCUUAGAAAAAUUAACAAUAGUACCUUUUGUAGAUCAUCCUUUUUUUCCAAAAGUUAAUAUUCCUGACACAAUAUUAGUAUCAUUGAAGUCAUUGGACUGUUAUAUCGAUUCUGGUAUUAAACUCUCAAACUUGGGACAUAAUUUAACAUAUCUAAGAAUUAGAAAUGGAAACAUCUUAACAACAGAACAGUACAAAUUGAUUUUUAAAAAUUUAACCAAAUUAAGGUACCUGCGGAUUGGUUAUUGUCGUAACAUGAAUGAUGAUAUAAUGUUAGGGGAAUCUUCUCAAGACCAAAACUGUUUAAUAUCAAAUCUCAAAGGAUUGGUUUCUUUAACAAUUUUGGGAGCAAAAUUAUCGCAUACAUUUUUACGCUCGAUUAAACUUCAAGAUUUAAAACAUUUGAACAUGAAUGAAAUGUCAGUACGGGACUGUAUAGAAUCGAAAAGUUUUACUGAAUUUGAUGAUACUUUAAAACAACUAGGCUUCAAUGUACCAGCAUUGAAAAAUCUUCAAUUAGGAAUACGUCGUGAUGAAUAUAAUUUACUCGGAGAGCAACGCGUUACUAUUUUUGAGUCUCCUUCUAGAGUUAAAAUUAUUAAAACUUAUUUUAGAAAAUUACUUAAUUUAUUAAUAACAAAUUAUUAAAUGUAAAUAUGCAUUUUUGUUAUUUAGUGUUAUUAUAAUUUAUUGUGGAUAAUAUAUAUAUUUUUUUUAUAUAUAUUUGUUAAAUAUUUUAUUGAUCAUUGUUAGUAAUGUCAGUAGCUAUAAUUAAGGGGAUUGGAUACCAAUUAUUCCCGCCUCUGUUCACCUUGUGGGCCACAUAGGAAUUUACUCUAGCAAUAAGAACCAAAAUUAAAUUUUAAUCAAAUUGAAAUGCGUUAAAAUUUAAAAAGUAAAAAACCCAUUAGCAAUUAAUUCUGUUUUCAAUUUCCUCAUUUCAUCAGUAAGUCGAUCGGUACGAUGGACAAAUCAAUAUCUACAUCCAUAUGUUGUGUGUGAGAUACAACAGAGACAGAAAUUGGUAUUCGAUCCUCUUAAGGUGUUUAUUUUACCCCCACAUGCAUACUACGAUUUUAUGAAAAUUAAUGUUUAUUAAAAAACUGAUUACCAUCUUAUUAUAAGAUUUUAUUUCACAGUAAUAAUUUUAAUUUAAUAAAUACUGAUUAACAGUAAAUUCAAAUUAAGAAAUUAUAUUAUAUAAUUAUAAUUAUCGAAUGUAA